GGCCGUACCGAGCCGUGCCAGCCCCGCCGCUCCGCCCCCGGGGCGGGCCGGGCGCUAUGGCACCGCCGCCCCGCCGCCCCACCUGCAGACGGUGCGGGGCUGGCCGGCGGCGGGGGCGCGGAGCCGGGAAGAAGCAUGGUCAAGAUGAAUUGUAUCCUGUUAACCGUCUGCAUCGUUCUGGUGGCUUUUUGUAGUUCAGGUUAUGCCCUAAGGUGUUACCACUGUGAGAACAGCCCUUCCUUGUGCAAGACCAAUAAUACUUGCUUAUCAACUGAAGAUGCUUGCUUGCAGAUGAGAUUUGGUAAACUGAGAACGUCCUCUUGCUGGAAGAUGUCCCAGUGCAAUGUGAAUGAUAUUGCUGUAUACUACCAGUUGGAUAAUUUUGAAUACUUUUGCUGCCAACAAGACUUGUGCAAUGAGAGCACAGUUACUGCAGUUAACAAAGCAGCUUUCAGUGUUGUCUCUGUAAUGACCAUGUUAUGGAUGCUUCUGUAAUAACCAUUAUCUAUGCUGUACUUCCAAGCUGAAAUUACACAAAAUCAUUAACUCUCUCCUGAAUUGUACUUCUUGCAUUUUCAGUUCCUAACUGGACUGAAGCUUGACCUUUUGAUUUUGAUUUUUUUUUUUUUUUUUUUGUAAGGCUACAUCUGUUAAACUACUGUCUCCAUUCAUGUGAAGGAGGACCUGUAUUGUUAACAUUUUAGGGAAUUCAGGAGUUUUGGCAUGCCAUCUGCAUGGGGAAAAUACCUUGUUCUGAAAUAGUGUCAUCUUGUGGAGAACCUGAGCAAACUUCAGUGGGUUAAGUGGAGAGGAAGGAAUGCAGAAGGUUUUGGGCCAGAAAACUGUCCCAUUGUCCCAUGAAUUUUAAUUAUUUUUCAUUGGGAUUUCUAGUAUUUUUUGGAUGAUACUUUUUCAUACACCAAGCAAUGUGUUUACCCUCAACACAGAAAGUGUUGGAUCAUAAGUAUAAACUUGCUGCGGUGUUCGUGACGAAUGCUGAAGUAUAUGAUUCUAAGUGAUGUGGACUCUUUUAUUCCUGUCAUUGUAACAUUUCCUUUUUUUCAAGCCAGUAACAUAAUGGUCAGUAUGACUACUUUGGAAGAAAGCAUCUAAAUUUCCUAAAACCAAAAUAAAAUUAAUGCUACAAGUGAGGAACACACUUCCUCUUUUUAUAUUUCUGUGAGCAUGCAGACAACGUAUGCUAGCUUCCUUUCUGGGCUUUUUUUGUUUUGUUUUGCUUAUAUUUUUUUCAAAGUCUAGGAUUUAAGCUAAGCAUGUGCUUUACACUGAAUAUUUCUCGCUAUACUGAAAAUUGUUUAUAAAAUGCUAAGGAAUUAAAAUGGCACAACUUGUUUACUUUCCCAUAUAAUUAGCUUUUGCUUUUUUGAAAACAUGGGCAGGUAAACUUAAUCCUUAAAGCUUCCACAUAAGAGUAUUAAACAACAAUUUGGAGAACUUUAUAUUUUGAAUUUUAUGCAACCCUAUAAAUGCUGAUCAAAAUAUAUGUAUAUUUAUACAGCAUGCAGAAAAAACACUCCGUUUGUAUGUGUACAACUUCCAGAGCUCGAGCACUCUGGACAUUGUUCUGACUCAGUGGUGGAGACAGAGCUUUGAUGCUUCCCCUGGACUUAGGGAGCCUCUCAGUCGAGUACAAUGUGAAAUUUUCCUUUGUCUCGUUUGGAACUCUUAGCAUAUUUCUGCAAGAGUCAUGGUCUGUUGCCAGUAGCAUAUUCUCUUUCUGAGGACCCCAGCUAGUGCUGUCCAGGGCACAAGUGACACCAGUUCACUCAGUCAUAACAAAGGCAGGGGACAGCACUGUGUUAUUCCAAACCAUCGUGUAUUCUGCAGUGCAUCUUUUGGUUAAGCUUAUCUUAGCUAUGAAAGCAUCCUGGGAUCUCUCUGAUCACUCAAAAUAUGAAAGCUAUGCUGUCUUUGAUUAAUAAAAAUUCCAAAAAAGAAAA